AUGUUAGCUGGACGAAAUUUAGGAAUGUUGGUAGGGAUAUUUACCAUGACAGCAACUUGGGUAGGAGGAGCUUACAUCAAUGGAACGGCAGAAAUCAUUGUUCGAGAUGGCUUACUGUGGUGCCAGGCCCCAGUUGGAUAUGCCCUCAGUCUUAUAUUUGGUGGUCUCUUCUUUGCUGAGAAGAUGCGAACUUCAGGGUAUGUCACCAUGCUGGACCCCUUUCAAAUUAAAUAUGGUGAACGAAUGGGGGGGUUACUCUACCUUCCUGCACUUCUUGGAGAGGUUUUCUGGUCAGCUGCUGUUCUCUCAGCACUGGGUGCCACAUUGGCUGUAAUUCUUGAACUCGACACCAACAUCUCGAUUAUUGUGUCUGCCUGUAUUGCCAUAUUUUACACACUUUUCGGUGGACUCUACUCAGUAGCGUAUACAGAUGUCUUGCAACUUUUCUUCAUCUUUUUCGGCUUAUGGAUAUCUCUUCCAUUUGCAAUCACUCAUAAAGCAACUCAUAGCAUUGCCAUCAAUGCCACAACCAACUGGAUUAAGAGCAUUGACACGAACGCAAUUGGUGGCUAUAUGGACAGUUACCUUUUACUGAUAUUUGGAGGAAUUCCGUGGCAGGCAUAUUUUCAACGAGUGCUAUCUUCCAAAUCCGCAUUUAAAGCCAAAAUGUUAUCCUACAUUGCUGCUUUUGGCUGCAUCCUGAUGGCACUUCCUGCAGUUCUUUUUGGCGCUGUUGCCGCUUCAACAGAUUGGAAUCAGACAGAAUAUGGCCGUACCCCACAAGGAGACGAUUUAAAACUGGUGCUACCUCUCUGUCUUCAGUAUAUGUGUCCAGACUUCAUCUCCUUUUUUGGGCUGGGAGCCAUUUCAGCUGCUGUAAUGUCAUCGGCUGAUUCCUCCAUUCUAUCUGCUGCUUCGAUGUUUGCUCGGAACGUCUAUAAACUUAUUUUUCGUCAAAAAGCUUCUGACCAAGAAAUUUUAUGGGUGAUGCGCUUGGCUAUUUUUGGUGUAGGGGCCCUUGCGACCGUAAUGGCACUGAAGGUGACCUCUGUCUAUGAUCUUUGGUUCCUGUGCUCCGAUUUUGUCUAUGUCAUUUUGUUCCCCCAACUGGUGGCUGUAGUCUAUAUUGAGCAUGCGAAUACCUACGGUUCCCUGGCAGGCUAUAUCAUGGGCGUGUUCCUGCGUCUGUCAGGAGGUGAACCAACUCUCUUCAUUGAACCAAUUUCCCAAGAAGAUUUGGCUGGCAAGGAGCAAUCCAAUUAUGGAUACAUCGGAACAUCAAACCCCUCUCUUGGAUCCAAUGGAUAA